CCCGGCCCCCGGCUGCCGCCUUCGCCCCCCGUCCGGCGCCUCCCGACUUCCCCGGCUCCUCGGCUGCCACCGCCACCCCUCGCCAGCGCGGCCUCCACCGGUGGGCGCCGCCACCCCCGCCGCCGCGGCCUCCACGGCCACCCCACGGCCUCCACGGUUGAAGAUUGAUUAUUUCCAAGUGAUAAGGGAAGAGGAAGAUGGAUCAGCACCACGUGCAGCAGCAGCAGCAGUAUGUUGACCCUUAUCGGACAAUGGUGCUGUCACCACAGCCUGAUCACCUCAAUGCCCUACAGUACAGCCAUCAGCAGCAGCCACAGCCACAGCCGCCACCACAAGCAACUCCACCACCACAACACCACCAUGCCUCGCUUGCCUCCCACUUCCACCUCCUCCAUUUGAUGACAAGAUUAGCUGAUGCUAUUGGAAAAGGCACACGGGAUCAAAAUUCUGAUGCACUGGUUGAAGAUUUGACCAGUCAAUUUGCUAGGUGCCAACAACUAUUAAACUCCAUAUCGGGAACACUAAGCUCGAAAUCUAUUACAGUUGAAGGACAACGGAGAAGUUUGGAAGAAACGCAGCGGCUCCUUGAUCAGAGGAAGGAUUUGAUAACAAAGUACAGAAGCUCCGUUGAAGGCCUCCUCAAGGGUGAUGCAAGACAGUAGCAUCGGAAUGUUAAAAAGGAGCUCGUUGCCUUGUGUGGUCGAUUUCUACUAAAUUUGCAUCUUCUACUUCUACAAUCGAGCUAGUGUGUUGAAGUUGGUCUGUCUUAGGAGGUAGGAACAUGGCAUUGUGGUUCUGUUCUGGAGGAUUGUGUUCGCCGGUACCAUACAUUCACUCUGUACCAUCUUAAUAACUGUUGAUGGGUAAUAGAUUCUGAGAAGCAUGCUGACCUGCU